AUGCAUGAAGUUCAGAAGUGGACUUCUAGUCCGCCUGUAAGAGGCUCAACUGAUAUUCUCUGGUCUUGUUUGUCGACGCUGGGCUUAUGUGUUUGGACGGCUGUUCAUCCGAAUGUCCCUCUUGUGUACCGAUUACGACGCGCCGUCUGUCAUCGCCUCGGACUGAUGGCCCUUGCCAUUAUUUUCCCUGAGAUUAUCAUUUCUGAAGCUUUGAAUCAACGUCUACUCGCGCGUCGAUUAAUGCUGGAUGUGAAUCAAGCUAACCACUAUGCCGCAAUCCUUUCACCAAUGACGCCCGAGUCAGAUCGAUGGAGCCAUUACUCAAGUGGAUACUCGAGUAGCAUCCACCCUCUACUGAGCGGAACCAGCAGCUCGGCCAAAGGCUCAUGGGUCAUAGAACAGGCCAUGUUCGCAGUAAUGGGCGGAUUCGCCAUAACAACGACAUACACAGAUCGCCAUGGACACGAAAAAUCAAUCCGCCGUCUCAUCGCCUCUGAGGGAAUCACGAUACUUGCCAAGACCGGCUAUCUCCCGACGAUUCAAGCGACGGAUGUUCAAGAGCGCAGCAAAGCAGAUCUUUUUGCCAAGAUACUGGUUCUACUUCAAAUCCUGUGGUUCGCGCUACAGGUCAUGGCGCGCCUUAUUCAGGGAAUUACCGUCACGCCUCUGGAAACACACACCGCUAUCCACGUCGGUUGUACGAUCUUGCUGUAUGCGAUUUGGUUCAACAAGCCGUACAACUUGACCCAGUCGAUUGAAUUGAUGGGAAUGGAUACGGAGUACAUUGGUGCUCUAUUCAACUUUUACUCUAUCAGUCACGCUCUUCACCUCAAGCAUUGCGAGCACUAUCGCAUUCGAAGAAUGGAGUACUGGAAAGAGCGCGUUAUUCUCGCGUCUAGGGGCGAGAAUGGAUAUGCGCCGCCGCCUUGUAUUCCGGAAUUAAAGUCUCUACCCGUCUUACUGGAAGAAUACAAUGCUGACGAUAUCGAACAUCUUAAAUUCGACGAGUCUUCCGACGAAGAUGUCUAUAUCUUGCACGGUAUUGCCCCGAAUGCUCGCCACGGCCUGCGAAUCCUAGAAAGCAGAGGAUGUGACGUUUUCCGAUCCGUUCAUGAGAAAUGCCAGCCCCUCGACGUGCUCCGUGAAAGCGCGGGCAAUUUCAAUUUCCGCAGCAUUUGGGGCAGCUGGAGUACGGAUGUUGGUCAUGAAUUAUCGCUCGACAAGGGUUUGCAUGUUCUGUUCAACGUCAUGUACGGGGGUCUUCAUCUAGCGGCCUGGAACUACGAGUUCCCAACGCCGAUUGAGCGCUGGUUGUGGCGGACUUCUGCGCUCUGCCUGGUCACUUCUCCGAUCUGGGGCACUCUCUGGGUGCUAUGGUGGAUGGGGGUUCGAUCAAACCGAAAGAUAUUUUUUCUUAUUCGAGAUGGGGAUUUUGAUAUUUUCGCUGCACCUUUGUUCUUCACUGUUAUCAUUGUGUACACGGUGGCACGGGCUUAUUUCUUGGUGAUUUCGUUGGCUGGUUUGCGACUUCUGCCCAAGGACGCGUAUGAUACUAUUAGCUGGACGUCUGUGUUCCCUCAUUUCUCGUAG